GACGUUCUUCUCGCGACAUCACCUUCAUCGCGGGUAGAAUCGCGGCGGAUGUUGAUGUUUUGGUUCGUAGUUUACCCGUACCCGUACUUUUUUCCGUUUUGUCUUGGUGCAACGAAUUUUUGCUAGGGAGCUUGUCUCAGUUUUGGAGAAACUAUCUACCUCGGUGCUUCUUCCGAGAAGCGAAAAGCCGAGAAAAGCAAUGAUGGAGGACUUUGACGAGAUCUACGAAGAGGAGGAGGAAGAAGAGGAGGACGAAGACAGGGCCGCGGAGGAGCAGCUACUAAAGUAUGCUCCGGACCCGGUGGUAGUGCGCGGAUCCGGCCACGUCACUGUGUUUGGGCUCAGCAAUAAAUUUGAGUCAGAGGUCCCUUCAGCGCUUACUGGGAAGGUCGCACCCGAAGAAUUCAAAGCCAGCAUCAACCGAGUGAAUGGCUGUUUGAAGAAAACUUUGCCGGUGAACGUCCGCUGGCUUUUGUGCGGGUGCCUGUGCUGCUGUUGCACGCUAGGCUUCAGUUUGUGGCCUGUCAUCUGCCUUAGCAAGAGAACUCGCAGGUCUAUAGAAAAGUUGUUGGAAUGGGAAAACAGCAGACUGUAUCACAAGUUGUGUUUACACUGGAGGUUGAGCAAGAGGAAGUGUGAAACCAACAAUAUGAUGGAAUAUGUCAUACUCAUAGAGUUUCUACCCAAGAUUCCCAUCUUCAGACCUGACUAAUGCAGGCUUGUCCCCCGAGCCUCUGGUGUGGUCUGCCCAUGGUGCCUUGCUUCGGUACUGUCACGGUUGUCAUGUGGCCUCUGUCCAGUUUGACUCCUUUUUCAAGAAGAAACUGGUUUUGCCUCUUUAAAUCUCUACCCUUUGUGCUCAGACAACCCCUGUUUACACUUGACCACUCACAACGCUGGGGCUUGCCUGGGCAUCCAUGUGUUUGGGCUCAUAAACCCCAAACUUUGACUCACCUAGUAAGGAUGGACAUGGAAAAGGCCACAAAAGAUGGACUCCUACAUCUCACCACGAGGUGGUUACCUCCGA